AUGGGGUCAAAUACACUUGGGAAGGCUGCAACAUUAGAUGAACUUUUAAACACUUGCAUUGAAAUGUUUGAUAAUAAAGGACAUUUGGGCACCAGUCAUUUGCCAAGAAUGGUUCUUUUAAUGCACCGGUGGUAUCUGCCUUCCACAGAACUGGCCGGCAAACUUCUCUCCAUCUAUAGAGAUGCCAGUGGGGAAAAAUGCAGUGAAUUCCGCUUAAAAAUCUGCUGUUUCAUAAGGUACUGGAUUUUGGAAUUUCCAGCAGAAUUUAACUUGGAUCUUGGUUUGAUUCGUCUGACUGAGGAGUUCCGGGAAGUAGCCAGCCAGUUUGGUUAUGAGGAACAUGUACACCUUAUUGACAUCUCCAGCAUUCCCUCCUAUGACUGGAUGAGAAGAGUCACGCAGAGAAAAAAAACUUCCAAGAAGGGAAAAGCCUGCCUGCUGUUUGACCACCUGGAACCCGUUGAAUUAGCUGAACACCUCACUUUUCUGGAGCAUAAAUCUUUUAGAAGAAUUGCAUUUACAGAUUACCAAAGCUAUGUGAUUCAUGGCUGCUUGGAGAACAACCCCACCCUGGAGAGAUCAAUUGCAUUAUUUAACGGUAUCUCUAAAUGGGUCCAGCUGAUGGUUCUUAGCAAGCCAACACCCCAACAAAGGGCAGAUGUAAUCACAAAGUUUAUCAAUGUUGCACAGAAGCUGCUUCAUCUCCAGAACUUUAACACGCUGAUGGCAGUUGUGGGAGGCCUAAGCCACAGCUCUAUUUCUCGUCUCAAAGAAACUCACUCUCAUCUAUCUUCCGAGGUUACAAAGGACUGGAAUGAGAUGACAGAACUGGUCUCCUCCAAUGGAAACUACUGCAACUACCGCAAAGCUUUUGCUGACUCUGUUGGCUUCAAAAUCCCCAUAUUAGGAGUUCACUUGAAAGACUUGAUAGCCGUUCAUGUCAUCUUUCCAGACUGGAUAGAUGAGAACAAAGUAAACAUAGUGAAAAUGCAGCAGCUAUCCAUUACCUUGAAUGAACUGGUUUCCCUGCAGACUGCUACCCAUCAUCUAGAGCCAAAUAUGGAUUUAAUUAACCUGCUAACACUUUCCCUGGACCUUUACCACACAGAAGAUGAUAUUUACAAGCUCUCAUUGGUGCUAGAACCAAGGAAUUCUAAAUCACAACCUACCUCCCCAACGACCCCUAACAAGCCAGUAGUGCCACUGGAGUGGGCAUCUGGAGUGCUACCAAAGCCUGACCCAACCAUCAUUAACAAGCACAUAAGAAAGCUAGUGGAUUCUGUUUUUAGGAACUAUGAUCAUGACCAUGAUGGCUAUAUCUCUCAAGAAGACUUUGAAAGUAUAGCUGCCAACUUUCCUUUCCUGGACUCCUUUUGUGUAUUGGACAAAGACCAGGAUGGUCUUAUCAGCAAAGAAGAAAUGAUGGCCUACUUUCUGAGGGCUAAAUCGCAGCUACAGUGUAAAAUGGGACCAGGUUUUAUUCAUAACUUUCAUGAGAUGACCUAUCUUAAACCAACUUUCUGUGAGCACUGUGCAGGAUUUCUCUGGGGUAUAAUCAAACAAGGAUACAAAUGUAAAGAUUGUGGUGCCAACUGCCAUAAGCAGUGUAGAGACCUGCUUGUGCUGGCAUGCAGGAAGUUUGCCAGAGGUACCUCGAUGGGCAGUAAUCAUGGUUCUCUGCCUAACAGUCCGUCUCUGCCUCCAGUACAAGAUGAAGUAUUUGAAUUCCCCAGUGUUGCUACAGGGCAUCAGGACCUAGAUGGCAGAGCAAUCACCCUAGUGACCGGCUCUUCUCGAAAGAUUUCAGUCCGUCUCCAGCGGGCUACCACCAGCCAAGCAACACAGACGGAACCACUGUGGCAUGAACCUGGCUGGAGUGACUCAGGUUCCCAUACCUUCCCCAAAAUGAAGUCCAAGUUCCAUAGCAAAGCUGGAAAGAACAAAGGCUUUGCAAAAUGGGAGAAUGAAAAACCCAACGUACAGGGCCAUGUGGAUAUUGAGGUAGAGACCACAGAGCAUAUGCUGGAUGAGAAUGGAAUAGAAACACUUCAAGAAAGACAAGAACCUGAGGUGGGUAAUAAAGCAUGA